AUGAAAGAAGAGUUCGUGAAAGGAGAUAGAGUCGAAGUAUGCAGCAAACUAGAUGGUUUCUUCGGGUCUUACUUCGAGGCCAAGGUACUGUCGAAGAUUCCCCACAAGUCCUUCUACAAGGUUAAGUAUAAGAACCUUGUGACGGAAGGUGAAGAUCCUCUGCCGUUGAUUGAGAUCAUCUCCGCCGACGAAAUCCGUCCGAUGCCACCCAAAUUAUCUCAGCCGUCGACGUUUAGACGCCAUGAGAGAGUUGAUGCUUUCGACUUAGAUGCGUGGUGGUUCGGAGAGAUCAUUGGACAAAAAGGCGAUACGUUCUCCGUUUACUUUCCCACGACCGGUGAUGUGUGCGAGUACCCACUUGAACGUCUCAGAAGGCAUCUCGACUUGGUUAACGGACGUUGGGUUUCUUCUGGAGCAAGGCAACAAUGA